CGGUAACGUUCGCGGUAGGUGUUCGUGCUGUUUGUCAUCAACCCAAACUACUUUUACGUGUCCGUUUAAAAACCGGUUUGAAAGUGCUCCGAGGUGUGGCACCGCAUUCAACCGUAAAAUACUGUUUUCAAAGUUGAAAACUUAGUGAAAAAGUGCUUUAGUGAGUCAUUGCCGGCCGAAUAACGUUUUUAUCAGAAAGCGACCAGCCAGUUCGAAACUAGUUUAAGGAUAAAAAAACAAAAACCCUCUGGACCGCAUCUAGUAAUGCUUGUGAGUUUAUCUGUGCAACAUUGAAGUUUGUUACAAGAUGGCUGUGUUUCCCGCGUUUUUCGGAUUGGUCCUAGUCUCACUAGUGACAGGUCAAACUGUUGAAAUAACCCCACGAGAGGCGGUGAGAAGAGUGGGGGAUGACCUCACAGUACUCUGCAAAGUCUCCUACCCAAUUGACUCUUGUCGGAUGACAGUGGGUUCGACGCCCUAUAGAUUGAUACCAAGUCAACAGGAUGAAGAAGUCGUCUACUCAGGGCAGGGUUUGCAGUUCGGCGAAUGUGGUGCUCACAUUAAGCACAUAAAAGAAGAAUGGAAUGGCAAUAUUUCCUGUAUGCUGCCGCCGCCGAGUGGAAGUAUUGAAGUUACUGGUACCAUGCGACUUGUUGUUGCAAAGCCACCAGCCAACCCUCAACUCAUAUCACCCCCGCAGUCCAACUUCAAGGAGGGUGACAUCUUCAUGGCCCAAUGUAUUGUACCAAAUGGACGACCCGUUGCUAAAAUCACGUGGUUUCUGGACGAUGACCAAUUCCUCACAGGCGUCCACCAGCCAAUAAUCACCUCCGAGCCAGGCAUCGACUUGGAGACCAUCAGCCAGAAUAUCACUAAGGAACUGUCAGCUGACGAUAAUGGCAAACGGCUGGUCUGCAGAGCUGAACACGAAGCUUUAGAUAGUCCUAGAGAGGCUGCGAGACAGCUCGUCGUUUAUUACCCACCGAAGCGCACAGAGGCCGGUCAAAUCACAAUAUUUGGCUUGAAAAUUGGUUCCGAAGGACGUUUGAAUGUGACUGUGAGGUCUAAUCCACCUCCCGAAGCUCAGUGGACCGUUGGAGAGUUGGUGUUAGCUGCUCCUCAAAAGAAUGAAGACUCAUCCAUAACCGCCUUGGAACCUGUGCACUUGGGUGGUGGGUACUACAACGUAACAUUAGUACUGACAGCGGUGGCUAAAGAAGACGUCGAUAGAACAUACUACCUUAGAGUUACCAAUGAUUUGGGAAGAGAGGAAUUCGCCCUACGACUGAGUACCAUGGAUGAGCCUGCAGGUGUCCAACUAAGUCCUGGUGCAAUUGCGGGUAUCGUAGUGGCGAUUUUGCUUCUUAUUAUACUGGUAUCACUGACUGUAUUCGCUAAGGCUACAGACCGGUGGUGUUUCGCAGGGCGGUCUCACCGCACCGACAUACCGGACGGGGCUGAUUCUGAGGCACCCCUCCCCCCACACGAUGACAUCAAGGGCUCGGAGAAUCCAACCCACGAGCAUGGAGACUUCAUCAGUAACGGAGACACAAAACACCCAGAAAAGAAACCAGAUACCGCGGUCUAAGCUUGUAAGUCGGAGCUGUCACUGUUACAAUGACAGGACGUUUACGCCAUGACACUUGACAUGUCUUCUGAAUUUAAUAUCUUAAAACUAGCUUUGACGUUUUAUCAACUUUACAGUAGCAUAAAUAAAUAAACAUACUUGUAUCCCAGUAGAUUUUCCUCUUAUAAAUCGUUAAAACAUCUAUAAUAGUUGUUCUUUUGUUCAUCUGAAUUUAUUGAUGUUGGUUAACAUUGAUAGAAUAUACGAGUCUUAGUGAAAUAAUCAAACCAGUUAUGUAUCAAUCCAGCACCUACUUCAUAAAAUGUGCCAAACAUUAUUGUAAAACAACGAAACAAUUUGUUUUUGAUAUGCUAUUAAUGACUUGGCUAUUGUUUGUGACGAGCUUUAGGGGCUGAUCGAUGCCAUUAUAAUCAAUGUCAAAUCUCAUAUUAUUGUAAUUUUUAAACGUCAUGACAAUUGACUAUAUAGUACAUAAAACAUGUAUAGUUACUUAAUAUCGAAAUUAUUAUCUUAAAGUUAAUUUUAUUGACAUUUUAGAUGUAUGUUAAAUCUCUUGAAUUAUAUAAAAAAAAUAAAGAUUAAAAAUAAUAUUGACUGGAUAUAUUUCCAAUACUUGUGAAUCGUUUAAGGUUAAAAUGUUAAAUAUGACAGGACAGUAAUUAUUUUACCUUUAAGUCAAUCUUUUCCAGAGAGUCUUUCAUCUCAAUAUUUCAGUCCUUUCAUAUAGCGUAUUUUACAAUUUUUAUAGUACCUAGAAAUAAUGCCAAGAACUUACAUGACCCGGUGGUAAGAGAAAUUGGGAUAUUACUAAUGCUUUGUGAAUGACACCAGCCCACUGCCCAUGGGUCUUAUAAGUUUAUUACACUAUAAUUGAAAAUGUGAUAGUUACGAAUAUCAUGUUUGAAAAGUGGAUUUUUACUUUUAAUUGCUCAGUGAUUAAAAUAGACCAUAGUUAAUAAGAUAUUGGAUGAUGUGUUAAAGAUAUUAAUCUUUUUCUUAUACAAUACAAUCACAUUUCAAUAUCAUGCUUUCUUUUUUUUUGAAUAUUUCAUACAUACAUGGUUUAAUCUCAAGUUUGUAUUAUUUUAAGAAGAAUGAAGGUAGUUCCAAAACGUGACUAACAACUUUUUUUCUUUGACCGUAGACAAAACAAUUUUUUUUUUACUUUGACCUGAACCUAAGUUGUAAUAAUAUUAAUUCUUCGUAUUUCCAUAAAAUAUUAACCGUAAGGAAAAUACUUUUUCAGUUUUGACCUAACCUAACCCAACGGAUCGUAACUUUGAUAUCUUGAUUAUGUCUUACUGUUUAAUACAUCAUAAACCUAACAAACACAAUUUUAAAUAUUCCUCUAAAAAUACAAAAGAUGAUAGUAUAUAUGAUAGUGUAUAAUGUCCACGUUUAAAUAACUAUCACCUACGUAGCCAGCGCGUGUCAAUAAUCAACAAAUUCAUUUCAUUUGCACUGGUGUUUUUGCUUACGUUGCACUGUUCAAAGCUUAGCCCACAAAUAUUAUUAAAUUAAACAAUAUCUUUGGUUACAGGGUAACCUGGGCUGACAUCGUAUUUCGAAAAAUAAAUUGGUGAAUCUCUGCAUUUUUAAUACUAGCAACACUGUAGGAAUUCAUACUGCAUUUAACGUCAUAUUAUAAAUUAAAAACAAAACGUUCUUUUUGAGAAAUCGUAACACCCGUCACUACAUUUACGUGUGCACUUAACGGCGUUAAGUCCAAUAUAAUAUACUAGAUACGUAAUAUUUAUUACUAAGUACACGCUUAAUUAUAAAACAGUAGAAGUAAAUUAGUAUUGACCUCAAAUUUAUUUUAAUAUGAACUAAUUAAAAUUUUAAAUUAAUGACGUCAAAUGUAAGAAAUACGCCAGAUGUUUUUCUCUUUUAAUUGCCUUUUAAAAUGUGUGUUUGUUAGUUUUUCUAUGUAUAAGUAUAUCUACUAACAUGAAUGUAAUUAAUUACAAGGCCUAUAUUUUUAUUCCCCUAUUCAUGUGCUAUGAGCCAUUACAAUCAAUGUUUUGUGCUUAUCUAUCUCUUUUAACGUGUAGAAACGGCGGUUUGGAUUAAGUAAAAUCUUUGCAUUUUUUGAUCAAUUAGUGAAAUAUAAAAAAUUGUUGUUAUCUGUAAAACGAUCCAUGAAUGUUGACAAUUUGACAAGUGCAAGGCUAUGCGAUAUUUGAAAUAUAGGCUUUCUAAAUUAUAUUUAUAGAACGUAUGACGAAUCUCAUUGAAGUUGUGAACUUAACGAACUAUAGUUUAUAAUAGCUUUUAUAAUUAUAAUAAAUAUGAUUAAAAUUUUGUAUAACAAAUCAACUAAAUAAUACUGGACUAAACCAAACUAUCUUGUGAUAGUAGGUGUCUGAUGACAUUUGACACAAGACAAGACAAUUGCCUGAUUCUUUUAUAUUUGGAAGAUUUAUACAGUAUCUUUAACUCUAUGGACUUUUAAUAUGAAUUAGUAAGUUUUGAUUCACGCCGUACGCCUUGUGUUAAACAAGACUUUGACAGGCAUACACAAAUUUUCGUUGAUGAAUCAUGUUGUAUACCGUGUAUUUACGUAUUACAGUUAAGUCUUUUAUUAUAAGUUUACCGACCGUACAUAAGAAAACUAUAUAUAGUUAUGUAGAAUAGGUUUGCGGUAUAUGAAUACACAUUAACAACAACUUGGGUUUGUUACGAACGAAUUCUAUUACAAUAAUUUUGUAACUGACUGCGAGAUUUUGCCAAGUUUUUUACUUGCAUUUAAGAUUACGAAAACCCCUUUGUGUAACCUUAUACUUAAUAAUAUCUCUCUAUCAUUAUAUAUUCAGCAAUAUUGUGCGGUCGGUAAUGUGUUCUUUCCAAUAUUAUAUUUUGUAUAUAUUAUGUAAUAGUAUUGAAAUAAGCCUACUUAAAUUAAUUUUAAGAUUAGCUUUUUUGUAUUUUUGAAAUAUUUACCGAUUUUACAUUUUUACAGCUGCUCAGCAAAAUGGCAUAAAGACUAGACUAAACAUAAUAGUAGCUCGAGAAGUUUCCCCCGAGAUGUGUUCUUUAUCUUAUCUUUUAAUUAGACAGUACUUGCAACUGUAAAUUGUCUAAAAUAGUUCAUAUCUGACGCGCAAUUUGCCGAAAAGCUCUGACAAUCAUAAUACUAUCAUUAUUUAGCAUUCCAAUGAGAGGGAUAGUCACAUCAUCACUCUCUUUCUUGACUCGAAUAGUAACCUAAGUGUCUCAGUCUUUUCUCUAUGCUGUGUUCUCAUAGACAUUGUAAAGUCGCGUACUUAAGUUUUGUAAAGAUUUAUACUUAUUAAAUUAAGUCACCGUUGUAAGUUUAUUUAUAACACGUUUACAAAAGCACUGCCAUUUUACAAAACCAAAAAUGUAAUAAUUCCAAUAUUGCCAUACGAACAUCACAUUUUGCAAUUUUAAAUGUUUUUAUAAAAUAAAUUUCUAAAACAAAUUUUAAUGAAUUAACGUGUAUAGAACAGUAUGUUAUCCAUUAAAGUAUUUAUUAAAUAAGAAAA